AGUUAAUUGAUAAAUAAUCAGAUUAUUAUACUCACACAGUUGAAGGAAAUUAAAUGGAGGAAAUAGCAAAAGAAAUGGAGAAAGUUGGAUUAGUGAAUAAUAAUCAUGAUUGUGAUGACAUGAUUAAGGAAGAUGAAGCAGCCGGAGGAGAUAAUCAAGGUAGGAAGAAUGGUGGAAAGAAGAAUGAUCAACAAAAGACAACUUUGAGAACACCCGCUGAUAUUUACGAACAUCCUUGUUUUUAUUCCUUUAUUCUUGAUAUGCCUGGCCUUGAUGCUCAAAAUAUUAAGGUGAAGGUAGAAAAUGGGAUACUUCAUGUAUCAGGGAAGAAGAAAAAGAAGCAGAUAAUAGGAGAACCGACGACGACGACGGGGAACGAAGGAGUGAAGGUGAUAAGGAUAGAAAGGAGGAGAGCAAGGUACAUGAGGAAGUUUACAUUGUCUGAAAAUGCAAGCCAUGAACAAGUCAAGGCUGCCUACAAAGAUGGAGUGCUUUCCAUUACUGUUGCUAAGCUGUCCAAUACUCUUCAUGUUCAACACUCAUCUAACCCCAUCUCCCUCACCAAUGUUUCUAUUUCUUAAUUUAUUUAUUUAAUUUACAUCAUUAUUCUUCUUUUAUUUCUUUAUCUAUAUCUUUUGUCAUUUAUUUAUUGAUUUUCUAAGUUUACAGUGUCAAUGUUUUUUAUUUUGUCAUGUAUACCCUAAAUAUACUUGUUUACAUCAAUGUUAAUUCAACGUAUGUAUUGGCUUA